GGUUAUUAUAGUAUGCAUUCCGGUUGAGACAUUUUGCGCGAAAUUAAAUUAUUUUUUAAAUGAAAUUUGUAUAUUUUGAUUAAUUAAAGUAGAAUUGUGCAUUGAAACCGAUAUGACAGAACUGCGAAACUAUUCCAAAACAUUUUCCAGAUUACAGAAGCUGCAAAAUCUUCUUAAAUGCAAGAAAUGUGAGGAAUUAAGUAAAGGCCUCUACACUUUAGGGAGCUGUGAGCAUAUGUUCUGUAGAGAAUGCUGCGAUGGAUUAUUGGGAAAUGAAUGUCCAGUGUGUUCUAUACCAACACAUGUUAAAGAUGCCACUGUUAAUAGACCUAUGACAAAUAUUGUUGGUUUGUGUCAAGAAUUAGAAAAUAUAUUAUUACGUGGUCAACCUAGUCUGAAUGCUAAAAAUUUAAAAUCAGCAUCAGCGUCUUUGCAAGAAGAGCUGGAAUGUACUCCUCAGAUUCAUGUACCACUGACAGAGUCUACUAAUACUAGACCAGGGAGUGACUCAAUAGAGGUCAGCCAUGAAGACCACAACUCAAAAUUGACAGCAAACCGUAUCAAAAACAUCACAAAACCUAAUGUCAGAAAUACUAAAAGGAAGAGUUUGAACGCUAAUGGAAAACCAGAGUUAUACGAGAAUGCCACAAAACCUAAAUCUUCUAAGAAUACCCGUGUUGUAGAGAGAAAAAUCCCAGAUCAAACCACAAUGACCCAGUUUUAUGAUGCAGAUGAUGAUGAUGUUGAUGAUGAUGAAGAAGAUCCUUAAGGAUAGUAAAGAAGGCUCAGAUUAUGUCCCAUCUAUUGAAAGUAAAGAAGAUUUGAUAC